CAACAAAUCUGCAGACGAUUACCAUGAAAAGUUAAAACUGUGCCCUUUGUGCACCUUGGUUGAAAAUCCUAGGACGGGUGCUGAGAGUUACAACUUAAAUAUUCUAAAAAGGAAAAGAGAUGGCUCACACCACAGAGGGAGCAACUGAGUCUGUAGAGGCAGUUCAUUUCAGCUUCUAUACCGAUGAGGAGGUUACAAACCUGAGUGUUAAAAAGAUUACAAAUCCUAUUCUACUCGAUAGUGUGGACAGACCUGUGCCUGAUGGACUGUAUGAUCCGGCAUUGGGCCCAUCGGAUGAAAGGACGUCUUGUAGAUCUUGUGGCCAGCGUUCAUUUCAUUGUCCAGGUCAUUGUGGUCAUAUUGACCUUGUAUUACCAGUCUACAACCCCCUACUGUUCAAUACUCUUCUUGAUAUUCUCAGAAGGGCUUGUGUAUUUUGUCAUCAUUUUAAGAUAACAAAGGAAGAGGUUGAAAAGUAUGCUACUCAACUGGAACUAAUAAUGAAGGGUGACAUCGUUAGUGCGAAAGAAUUAGAUCUCAAAAACAAUAUCAUGCUCCAUGUGACAUCUUCUGAGGCAAAUAAUUGCAACCCCAAGCAUUGGCAAGGGCACAAGUGGACUUCCCUUCAAUAUAGUGAGGCAAUGUCUGUAUUGAGCAAUUUCAUCAAACAGAAGCCAAAAAAAUGUCAGAACUGUACGGCCAGAAAUCCUACAAUCAGUUCUCCUACUUCUGGUUGGAUUCAAACGAGAAUGUCAGACAACAAUAUUAGAAGAAAUACUUUGAAGGGGUGCAAGAUGAGCCAGACAUUUAGUCAUGGAGGUGAACAGAAAUCUGUUACUGGUGAGGUGGAAAAUGCUAAUGAUUUGCCUCCUGAGUUCUUUAAGCAGAAGAAAUUUUCUGGUGGACUCCUCUUACCAUCAGAUGUGAAAGACAUUUUAAAGCUUUUAUGGGAAAAUGAGGCUCGGCUUUGCUCUCUUAUAUGUGACAUUCAGCAGGAGAGUUUGCAUAUGUCUGGGAAACAAGCUAGUUACUCAAUUUUUUUUAUUAAGGACCUUCUUGUUCCUCCAAUUAAGUUCCGCCCACCAUCCAAGGGUGGUGAUUCUGUGAUGGAGCAUCCUCAAACUGUUUUAUUAGGUAAGGUGCUACAGGCUAAUAUUUCUUUAGGCAAUGCUCAUCUCAACAGCUCAGAGCAUUCAAAGAUCAUUCCUAGGUGGAUGGAUCUUCAACAAUCUGUGAAUGUAUUAUUCGAUAGCAAGAGUGUCACGGGUCAGAAAGACAAUAUUGCUACUGGAAUAUGUCAGUUGCUUGAAAAGAAGGAGGGUAUAUUUCGCCAGAAAAUGAUGGGCAAGAGGGUUAAUUAUGCAUGUCGUUCUGUCAUAUCUCCAGAUCCCUAUUUGGCAGUCAAUGAAAUUGGUAUUCCUCCUUAUUUUGCACUGAGGUUAACCUAUCCAGAGAGAGUGACUCCUUGGAAUGUUAACAAGCUGAGGAAUGCUGUCAUUAAUGGUGCUGAGGUCCAUCCUGGUGCUACACAUUAUGCAGACAAAUUGGCAACUGUUAAACUACCACCAAGUAGAAAAAUGCGUAUUUCAAUUUCGAGGAAGUUACCCUCUUCUAGGGGAGCUUUUACACAAGUUGGAAAGAGUUUGGAUUAUGAAUUUGAAAGCAAGGUUGUCUAUCGUCAUUUGCAGGAUGGAGAUAUUGUACUUGUUAACCGGCAGCCGACUCUUCACAAGCCAAGUAUAAUGGCACAUGUAGUUCGUGUACUGAAAGGGGAGAAAACACUUCGCAUGCAUUAUGCAAAUUGCAGUACUUACAAUGCUGAUUUUGAUGGUGAUGAGAUGAAUGUUCAUUUUCCACAAGAUGAAAUUUCUCGUGCAGAAGCUUACAACAUUGUAAAUGCUAAUAAACAAUACAUUGUUCCAACCAGUGGUGAUCCCAUCAGAGGCUUGAUUCAGGACCAUAUUAUAAGUGCUGUGCUUUUGACAAAGAGGGACACAUUUUUAACCCUUGAUCAGUACAAUCAGCUUCUCUACAGUUCUGGUGUCUCUGCUGCUGGUCCAGGUUUAUUUAACAGUAAACUUGGCCAAAAAGUUUCAAUAAUAAAUUCUGAAGAUGAGAUACAACCUGUCUUGCCUGCAAUUUGGAAACCAAAGCCACUGUGGACAGGAAAACAGGUCAUUACUGCAAUACUAAAUCAUUUAACAAGGGGUCAACCACCAUUUACUGUUGAAAAGACUGGAAGAAUUCCUGGUGAAUAUUUUGGAAGCAAGAGUGGCGAAGCCAAUUUACUAAUUCGUGAAAACGAGCUUGUACAUGGGGUAAUUGACAAGGCUCAAUUUGGAAAGUAUGGUCUGGUUCAUACUAUGCAGGAGUUCUAUGGUUCGGAUACAGCAGGCAUUCUUCUUUCUACAUUUAGUCGCUUGUUUACUGGGUUUUUGCAGAUGUAUGGGUUCACAUGCGGGGUCGACGAUCUUCUUAUACUACAGCAUUAUGACAUGAGAAGGAGCAGAGAACUUGAAGAAAGUGAAAAAAUUGGUGAAGAGGUCCAUUAUCAGUUCAUUGGUUGCAAGGAUCAAGAUAAAGAUCCUACGGAACUGCAAAUGGAGAUAGAAAAAGUUAUACGCAGUAAUGGAGAAUCUGCAGUGGCACGCUUGGAUAGGAUGAUGUCUAGUGCUCUGAACAAAUUGACUUCCAAGGUUAACAAUAUGUUAUUCCCUGCAGGGUUACUAAAACCCUUCCCUAGGAACUGCCUUUCUCUGAUGACUACUACUGGUGCUAAAGGUGGUUUGGUUAAUUUUACACAAAUAUCGUCUUUGUUAGGUCAACAAGAGUUAGAAGGUAAACGUGUCCCUCGUAUGGUUUCCGGGAAGACCUUACCCUGCUUUCCUCCUUGGGAUUGUGCAUCUCGCGCUGGAGGUUUUAUUAAUGAUCGUUUCUUGACCGGUCUUCGCCCCCAAGAAUAUUACUUUCAUUGCAUGGCUGGUCGUGAAGGUUUGGUGGAUACAGCAGUCAAAACUUCUCGUAGUGGAUACCUGCAACGUUGCCUUAUAAAAACUCUGGAGUGUCUAAAAGUCUGUUAUGACCAUACUGUUCGAGAUGCAGAUGGAUCUGUUGUCCAAUUCAAUUAUGGGGAAGAUGGGGUGGAUGCCCAUAAAACUAGCUUCAUCACAGAAUUUAAAGCACUUGCUUCCAACCAAAGGAUUAUUCAAGAACGUAUCGGUGGUGAACUUGGGAGUGCAUCCUUAUUUAGAUCCAAUGGAUAUAUUAAGGAGUUACCAGACGCACUUAAAGCAAAAGCAAAGGAUUUCAUUUCUUGUCUUUCUGAGAAGGAGAGAGAGGGUCUUCGUCUGAUGAAACAGAAGGAUUUCAUGAAGUUGUUGAAACACAAAUACCUCUCAAGUCUUGCUGAGCCUGGAGAACCUGUUGGCGUGAUUGCUGCUCAGUCUGUGGGAGAACCUUCAACCCAGAUGACACUCAAUACUUUCCAUUUUGCUGGGCGAGGAGAAAUGAAUGUUACUCUGGGAAUCCCACGUUUGCAAGAGAUUCUGAUGAGGGCUUCAGAGAAAAUUCAGACUCCUGUUAUGACGUGCCCAUUACAAAAGGGUAGGACAAGGGAUGAAGCUGAGCGUCUAGCUGCAAAGUUCAAAAAGGUAUCUGUAGCAGAUGUAAUUGAGAGCAUGGAGGUCUCUGUUAUGCCAUUUGCUGUCAAAAAACACCAAAUCUCCAGUAUUUAUAAGCUGAAGUUGAAGCUAUAUCCACCUCUAAUUUAUCCUCCUUACAUGGAUAUUACAGUAAAAGACUGCAUGAAAACCAUAAAAAAUAAAUUUCUCCGGGAAUUGGAGGAUGCCAUUCAAAAUCAUCUGGACAUGCUAUCUAAGAUUAGUGGCAUAAAAAACAUUAUGCAGACUGCACAAUCCACUUCUGCAAAGGAAGCAGGUGAGGAUGAUCUGGGCAGUACAUCUCAGGAAGUAGAGGAAAACAAUGUUGGCGGGGGUGAUGCUGAUGAUGAUGAAGAUGAUGAUGGUGGUGGUGAGGAUCUAGGUGUCGAUGCACAGAAAAGAAAACGUCAAGCUACAGAUGAGAUGGAUUAUGAGGAUGAUAUGGAAAAUGAUAUCUUGCACAUUACUGAACAUGAUGAAGGGGAUCCAUCCACUGGCUUUGAAAGCGAAGUUGAUCAAGUUGAAGCUGAAGAAGGGAAUACUACAACUGGUGAAAUUCAGGUAUUUGAUGCUGAUGAUGAAACCCCAUCAAAAGCUGGAUCUGUCUCCAAGUCAAAAUCAAGUGCGAAAAAGGAAAAAUCAGUAAUUGAUGGAAAGAAUGCCAGUUCAAAACGAAGAAAAAAAGACACUGACAGAGCAUUCCAUGUGGAAGCUAAGGGAUUGGACGUUGAGGUCCAUUUUAGAUUUACCAACGAACCUCAUAUUUUAUUGGCCCAGGUACUUUUCCAACUGGUCACUCAAAGACAUAAUGCAUGGUUUAACUCAGAUUAGCUUUUCUUUCUUCAUCACAUUUAAGU